AUGGAACCAAAUGAAAUAGGAGAUGUUAACAUGGAGGUAACGCCAAACGAACAAGAAAAGGAAUUUGGUGAGCCAGAGUGUAAGAAGCGAAAAUUAUCCGAGUGUCCGUUUAAAAAUAAUUUACAAAAGAAGAAUAACGAUAAACAAGAACAAGAGCAAGAGAAUGAAAAUAAAAAAUUGUCAAACUCGGAAAUUGAGGAAACUUUUAAUGAUGAUUUGAGACAGUUUGAUGUUCUUGAUGAUCUUGAUCAUCACUCUGAUCAAGAUGACUCAGGAAGUGAUUCUGACAGUAUUUACAGUGUUGAUUCUGAUAUUCCUGAUGAGGAAGUUCAUGCCAUGUUAGAAGAAGGUCUGUCGGAAGAAUUAAAAAAUAAGCGAAAAAAUCUAGAUGAUUGUAUGCCUUAUGAAGAAAAAGAGAAGCUAGUUUUACAAGAAAUCGGGCAUAACCACUUUGACGCCCUGCCUGAAGGCUGGGUCCAGGUUACACAUAACAGUGGAAUGCCUCUGUACCUACACAAGCAGUCCAGAGUGUGUACCCUGGCGAAGCCUUACUUCCUGGGCCCAGGAAGUGUUCGCAAGCAUGAAGUCCCGGUUAGCGCAGUUCCUUGCUUGCAGUACAGACGCGCGCUCGAGGAGGAGAAUGAAGAGAAAAGAAAAGAAACUGAACGCGAGUCAAGCGGAAUUGGAGCCUCUAAUUUACCCAGUGCUAGAAUUGAGACGAUUCAAGAAAAUUUGGCCAAUCAUUCGCUUGACAGUGAACGGUUGAGGAAUUACUGAACUAAACUGAUAACAUUCCCUAUCGGAACUGGCACUGGAUCCGGAAGCGGAAGUUCUGGAGCUGGAGAUGACAGCUCCAAUCAACGACCUCCCAAGCACUGGAUAAUGAAUCCUUCCGGCAAGAGUUUCGUCUGUAUUUUGCACGAAUACGUCCAGCAUGCUUUAAAAAAGCAACCGACUUAUAAAUUCAAGGAAUUAGAAAAUGCGGCUACGCCUUAUUCCGCAAUUGUCUGUAUCAAUGAUAUGGAGUACGGAGUCGGGUUUGGCAGUAGCAAGAAGCAAGCCAAGGCCGAUGCAGCGCGCAAAACCUUGGAAAUUUUGAUCCCUCAAAUGCGCGACAAAAUUUUGGGAGAAAUGGCCACGGACAGCUCGACUAAUGCUGAGAGAAUUAAAGCCUCGCGGGGUGAUACUGAUGCUGACUUGUCGUUCUUUGAUGACAUUUCUAUUACUGAUCCUCGAGUGGCUGAAUUUUGUGCCAAGACUACUGAACCCUCGCCUCAUGCUAUUUUAGUUACUUGCUUGCAGAGGAACUUUGGGCUUGGUGAUGUUCAAAUUAAUUACUCGGUUAAUACGUUAAAGCAUCAGCAAAAUGAAUUUACUAUGAAAGUUGGUAAACAUGAAGCUAAAGUUGUUUGCAGGAAUAAAAAAGAAGGCAAGCAACAAGCAGCCCAGGCGAUUUUAAAACUCCUUCAUCCCAGUAUCCCCAGUUGGGGAUCCUUGCUCCGUCUGUACGGAUCACGCAGUGUCAAGUCUUUCAAGGAGAAAAAACAACAGGAGCAAGAGAUAACUCUGCUCCAAGGAAAGGCUGCUGUUAAUCAGCCAAAUCACGCUAUUCUGAACAAACUUCGCCAUGAAAUGAAAAAAUUGUCCGAGCAACGACAAGCUGUUCAACCAAUCGACGAAGAUCAAUUAGAUUGUCAAGAUUACCCUAUAGACAUCGAAGAAGUCAAAAUAGAAUCAAAUGUAUCUCCAAAAAACCUUAACGAAGAGAGACCAUUUAUAUGUGACAGCUGUUCGAUGAAAUUUCUAACAAAAGGCCACCUAAAGCGGCACAUGCAAGUGCACACAGACGAAAAACAGUUCACCUGCGACACAUGUUCCCAGCAGUUCCGCCAGAAAUGUAACCUAAAAUUGCACAUGCAGAAGCACUCAAAAGAAAAGCCUUUCAAGUGCAAAGUAUGUUCGGCAAAAUUCGGGUACCGUCGGUCGUACGAGUACCACAUGUUAAUGCACGAAGGCGUAAGACCUUACGAGUGUGAAUAUUGCAGCUCAACAUUCCGCACGAGGAAUCUGCUGAAGAACCACGUGCUGAUCCACAAAGGAGAGAAGCCAUUUGCUUGUAAAGUAUGUUACAGGACGUACCGGAACAAGUAUUACCUAAAAAUACACAUGCGCAUGCACACCGGCGAGCGACCUUACCAGUGCGACAUCUGUCCGGCAAAGUUCGCCAUCUUGAGCAACCUUUCACGGCACAUGCGCGUUCACACCGGCGAGAAGCCGUUCGGCUGCGAACUUUGUUCCGCGCGGUUCGGCCAGAAGGUGGCGCUGCAGGAACAUCAGUUGAUCCAUCAAGACCAAAGACCUUUUGAGUGUGACCUUUGCACUGCUAAAUUCCGUGUCAAGAGGGGUUUAAAAAUUCACAUGCGCACGCACAAAAAAAAACCUUUUAUUUGCGAGGUUUGUUCCCAAAAAUUCAGCGAUAAAGCUUUUCUAGAUCAGCAUAUGUAUUUAAGGCACAAUACUGUUCCUUAUAAAUGUAAUGUUUGCAAUCAGCUGUUUAGGGACAUUCUAGAACUGAACACUCAUUUAUUGGUUCAUCGGUCUGAACCACUUUUUGUAUGUGAUACUUGUUCCGCGCAGUUUUAUACAAAGGAACAGCUGAGCAAGCACCAGGCUAUGCAUUUGGUGGAAAAAUCUUAUAUUUGUAGAGUUUGUUCGGCUACUUACCGAAUUAAGAGUGAGUUCUUGGAACACGUGAUGAACCAUCAGGAAAUUGAUGCAAGUUCUGAGUCUGCGGCGGUUAAGGUUCUUAGCAAGAGACAUUUUUAUGUCUACAAUCAAAUCAAUGUUCAAACCAAGGCUGAGUCGGAUGAUGGUGAUAGUUCUGAUGAACAUGAAGAUAAGGAUCCUUUGGAGAUUACUCAGCAGACAGAGGCUAAAAGUGUUAUUUGGGUUAAGAAAGAUUUAAUGGCUAAAUAA